CAGUAUGCAUUUAUACUUUAUUAUUUGAGAUCUUCGAUAUAUCUGAAGUCAUAAACAGUAAAGUAAACAACAAUGGUUCUUAAAUAUAUAGAUGCCUAUUAAUUCAGCACAGAAUAUAACAAUGUAUUCAGUUUUCAGUAUAUUAUAUUAGUAUUAGGCUUUGACACAAUUUAAAAAUACACUUUAAUAAAGAUAUAUCUUUAGUCGUGCUAGUUGCUAGACAGCCUGCUAUUACUGCAUCCACCAUUUUACAUUUAUCUAAAUUCUAAAUUUCUAAAUAAAAGUGUUUAUAGAUAAUUAAAUUAUUUAUUUUUAUAUUUAAUAGAUACCUAAAAGCUAUAAAAAACAAAAUCAUACUUUUAUUUUUAUUAUUUGUCAAUGGUAUUAGUAUCAUUUACUACGUACAUAUUCGGCAAAUCAUAUUAAUUAUUUAAUUCAUGUUCGAACAUCCGUUUUAUGCACGGACCAAGAUAUAUAUUAUUAUAUAUAAUAUAUGUAUAUGUAUAUUGUAUAUCUUAGUCCGUGGUUUUAUGUCAUUAAAAAACUACCAUAGUACCAUAUUAUCAUGGCUUAUUACUUUUGAUAAAAUCCAUACGUCAUACCGUUCUAAGACAUUGUAACUUUUAUCAUUUUAUCAAUUUUUAUAGAGUCUUAGGACUUGAGUAAAUUUGAGUAUUCUAAUUGGCUGAUGCGCCGCAGCAGUUGUGCGGCAUCGGGUAUUCAGGGUUCCUUAUGGUUAUGAAAUUUAUUUUACGAAUUUAUGAUAAUGUUUAUGUUUUCUAUUUAUUUGUUGCUUACACUAAAAGUUAAAAUUAAAUUAAUAAUCUAGUAUUUAUUAUUUUACUGUUUAAAAUUACGUUUUUCCGUUCAAAUAAAUGAUUACCAAGUUUAGUUUUAAAUGUAACUAAUAAGUAAUAAAUAUUGUUUCAAUUAUCUAAAAGACACAAUAAUAUUGUAUGUAAUUUAACUAGUGAAUUGUUCGAAUUUGAAUUUGGAUCAAUAGUAAAUACAAGAAAAAUGCAAUCAGAAACACCAAAGAAAAUUUUUUCCAGUCUUCUGGUAAUAAUUCUUGAUGUUAACCCAGCUCAAGAUACUUUGCUUAGCGGAGAAAUAAAACUAUCGUCCAUACUUAGUUCCGUUGUUGCUUUUGCUAAUUCUCACUUAAUGCUUCGGACCCAUAAUAAAGUUGCUGUGCUGGCAUCUGACCCAAAUAGCUGUGAUUUCAUAUACUCCGAUCAAGAUGAACUUGAUUUCAAAAAGAAAACAGUCAGUAGUUGUAAAAUGGGUGGAAGUCAAUACGAAUUGUUCAGUCACAUAGAUCGUUCAAUCAAAUUUAAUAUAGUAAAAUUCCUCAAGGAUGCAGCUGAAGAACCACAUAUGUCUAGAGACACCGUCUUUGGAGCAUCUUGUGCCAAGGCUUUAUGCUAUAUCAAUAGAUUACAAAGUAAUCUCUUUCCGGGCGAAACAAUGAAUUCGAGAAUAUUAAUUAUAUCUGGUUGUGAUAAUGAAGGAGACAAAUACAUACGUUGUAUGAAUACAUUUUUCACAGCUCAAAAACAAAAUGUAGCUAUUGAUGUAUGUAGUCUUACCCAUGAUGUCACUCUAUUAAAACAAGCAUGUUAUAUCACAGAAGGUUCAUAUUUUCGUAUGCCUAAAUUAGAAGGAUUGUUACUAUAUUUACAAUGGAUAUUUUUAACAGAACCUUCUUCUAGGAAAAAAUUGGUUAUACCAUUAGCUCCUCAGUUAGAUUUCCGACCUUUUUGUUUUUGUCAUGGAACCCUAACUGCAAUUGGUUUUGUGUGUUCAUUAUGUUUAACUAUUUAUUGUAAAAUUAGUCCUAUUUGCACAACUUGUGAAGCAGUUUUCAAAGUACGAUCAGCUAUUGCAGUCAAACCUAAAAAGAAGAAAAUUAAAACUACAAGUGUAAAUAAUUAAGUUUAUUUUCAACUUAUUGUAAUUUAUUUUUAAUGAUAAUUUUUAGAAAUAUAAUACAAUAGUAAAAUAAUAAGAAAUGUAUAAAGUCAUUAAUGUUGCAAAAUGUACUAUUUAUUUGAAUUUGUAUUUUAUAGAUUUUGCUAAUUAUAAUAUAUAUAUUUUUUAAUACAUGA